AUGGGUACCUCCAAACGUCAAGUCAGUCAUACUUACACUUGCACUUACACUUACGCUUACCUCAAGUCUAACUUGGACAGAUUCUAUGUGGACGAUAUCGAAGAUGAAUGGCUCAACGGCGAUGACUUUGACUUUGUGCAUCUCCGCAACAUGAUCCCAAUCCUCAAAUCACCUGUAACACUCCUCAAGCAAGCAUAUGCAAAUAUGAAACCUGGUGCCUGGGUAGAACUCCAAGAUGUAGAUGGCCAAGUCCACACAGACGACAAUAGCAUUCCCGACGACUGGCCCCUAAAACGCUUCACAGAAAUCAUCCUCCAAGCAUUCGCUCUCUAUGAAACAAACGCACAUGCCGCUGUAUUCGGAGGUCAAUAUCUCGCUGAAGCAGGAUUUGUCAAUAUAAAGCAUAAUUAUAUCAAAUUACCUUAUGGGACAUGGCCAAAGGACAAGUAA